GGGAAGGAAUUAUCCAACAGCAAACUUGUAUUUGAUGAAUGUCUGGUCAAUUGAGUCUCUCAUAUUGAGUUAUUGUAAUAUUGAGGAUGAGUCGAUAAGCAAUAUGGCGAAGGGCAUGAAGGCUAAAUUUGAUAAGUAUUGGGAAAACUAUAGCAUGAUUCUUUCCAUGGCUGCCAUUUUAGAUCCUCGCUUAAAACUUCAAUAUGUGAAGUUUUGUUUUGUGCAAUUAGAUGGUAGAAGUGCUGAAUAUAAGACUGAGAAAGUGAAAGAAAGUCUCUUCAAGCUAUUUGAAGAGUAUUCACAAGUUGAUAUUUCUCCCCUUGGUUGUACUAGAGUUGGAAGCGGGAAUGCAAGUCUUGCUGCGUUUUCAUCUUAUGAGAAUUCUUCUUCUCAAGGUAGAACACAACUAGAUGACUACUUAGGUGAGCAUAAAUUGGAUCCUUUGUCGGAUUUGGAUGUUCUUGGUUGGUGGAAGGAUAAUGCUAAAAGGUUUCCACAAGUUGCAAGUAUGGCAAGAGAUUUGUUAAGUAUUCCAAUUACUACUGUUGCUUCCGAGUCGAGUUUUAGCUUGGGAAGUAGGAUACUAACAAAAUGGAGAGCUUCCUUACUACCGGAGAGUGCCGAGACUUUGGUCACAACCCGAAGUUGUCUAUAUGGAUAUGAUGUUGAAAAUGGUAAAUUGUCUUUCUUUUUUUGCAUUUUGAGAAAUAAAGAGAUUCAUAGCUAAUUAAAUAGUUCGUUUUUUAUUUGUGUGA